AUGUACAUAAGAUGGCUCUUCCAGUUGUCACAACUCCAGCAGCCUCGGAGGGCAGCCUUCCUGAAGCACAUCCAGGGCAAGCACCAGGGAGCCAGGCACUGGACACAUUCUGGAGGCGGCCCCUACAGAGCGGUGAUUUUUGAUAUGGGUGGAGUUCUCAUUCCUUCUCCAGGGAGAGUGGCUGCAGAAUGGGAGCUACAAAAUGAUAUCCCUCCUGGAACUAUACUGCAGGCCUUUAUCUCAGGUGGUGAAAAGGGGCCCUGGAUGAAAUUUAUGAGGGGAGAGAUAACAACAGAGGAUUUCUUACAGCAAUUUGGGAGACUUUGCUCUGAAAUCUCAAAGACCUCCGUACCUGUGGGCUCCUUUUUCUCCCUGCUGACCAGUGAGCAAGUGGCGAAGCAGUUCCCAGUGAUGACUGAGGCCAUAACUCAAAUUCGGGCAAAAGGCCUUCGGACUGCAGUCUUGAGCAAUAAUUUUUAUCUUCCCAACGGGAAAAGCUUUUUGCCCCUGGACCGGAAACAGUUUGAUGUGGUCGUGGAGUCCUGCCUAGAAGGUGUCUGUAAGCCAGACCCCAGGAUAUACAAGCUGUGCUUGGAGCGGCUUGGCCUGCCGCCUUCUGAGUCCAUCUUUCUUGAUGAUCUUGGACCGAAUCUAAAAGCGGCUGCCAGCCUUGGCAUUCACACCAUAAAGGUUGAUGACCCAGAAACUGCAGUAAAGGAAUUAGAAACCCGUUUGGGUUUUACGUUGAGAAUGGUUGUUCCAAACACUUGCCCCAUGAGAAAGACAAUGGACAUUCCACGAGGUUCCUUGGAGAAGUACCUUAAAGACUUACUGGGGACCCAAAGCACAGGCCCAUUGGAACUCCUUCAGUUUGAUCUUGGGCAGUCAAAUCCAACCUACUACAUCAGGCUAGCUAACCACCAGCUGGUUCUGCGGAAGAAGCCCCCGGGGACACUCCUUCCAUCCUCCCAUGCAGUGGAGAGGGAGUUCAGGAUAAUGAAAGCCCUUGGAAAUGCUGGGGUGCCUGUCCCCAGAGUUCUUGACCUCUGUGAAGACUCAGGAACUGAGGAAGGAGUUCAGGCCCAGGGUACUGGAUGUUUCCUUUCUCCUUCGUACACGAACACAGGGGACUAUAUUUCACAUCAGGUGCAAACCUGGAUUAAGCACUAUCGAGCCUCAGAAACCAGCAGCAUCCCGGCGAUGGAGAGGCUCAUCCAAUGGCUGCCGCACCAUCUUCCCAGGCAACAGAAGACCACACUGGUGCAUGGGGACUUCAGGCUGGACAACCUGCUGUUCCAUCCAGAAAAGGCCGAGGUGCUUGCCGUCCUUGACUGGGAACUCUCUACCUUAGGCGACCCCCUUGUGGACGUGGCCUCCAGCUGCCUGGCUCACUACUUGCCAUCCAGUUUUCCCGGGUCCCUGCUGCGAGGUUUCAGUGACUGUGAUUUCACUCAGCUGGGAAUCCCUACUGCAGAGGAGUAUUUCAGGAUGUACUGUCUUCACUCGGGGAUCCCUCCUACUGAGAACUGGAACUUCUACAUGGCCUUCUGCUUUUUCCGCAUGGCCGCGAUCCUGCAGGGAGUCUACAAGCACUCGCUCACAGGGCAAGCAAGCUUUGUGGACACCGAACAAAGUGGAAAACUGCCUGAAUUUAUGUCUAACCUGGCAUGGGAUUUUGCCAUCAAAGAAGGGUUCCGGGUUUUCAAAGAGAUGCCAGCCACGAAACCGUCAAUGAGGUCCUAUCACACUCAGGGGUCACAGUCCCUGCCGAGCACCUCAGGCGUGAGCAGUUAUAUCCCCUUUACAGAAUCUUCCCUGGCUCAUGCCUCAAAGGGAACUCUGGUUCUCUCUCCAGAGGGCCUUUCCCCACCAGUCAGGGAGCUGUAUCAGUGACUAAAGCCAUGACAUGUGUACCCCGCUGAGUCAGAGCUUAUGAGUCACCAAGCCUCAGCAGAGGGAUGGACCGCUUCCCUGCUGAUUGAAUAUCUCAAUGGAAAGCAGCGUAUGGAGACCAUUGAACAGAGUGACACUACUUUAGCUGAUAAUGGAAAUACCUGCUUGUUCUUUGUCAGGUUCUCUUCCGUCCUAGAGGAGGGGGGUUUCCAUGUCACAGAUGGUCACAAGGGAUGGAUCUCGGGCAUCCUGGAUCCCCGCUGCCAACUCGGUGUGUUGGGAAAAAUAGACCCGCGUGCCCCAAGCCACUGGCAGCAGUUCAUGCUCUUGGUUCACAAUACCCCGGGGACAAAAAUCAUCCCGUCUCUGACACAGUCUGGGCUAGAGGACGCUCAGGGGACAUGCCUGAGGAGGAUACUGGUCAGGCUGGGCUUCGAGAUUACCCAGAGAGGACUGAAUCCCAGCAGCAUCCACUGAUGCAUGCGGCUAACUGGGUACUCAGGGAGGGUCCUGGCGCUCAGGAAAGCCCACACCGAGUGCUUUCGUGUGAAACAAGAUGAUGUUCUUGCCAAGAAGCUGCGACCCUGUCUUUGCUUUGCAUCUGUUACUUUUGAAGUUGGAAAUUCAGAGCAGAAUGGGUCUCACUCUGUCGAGGUGAUCAGAAGGAAAAGGCCAGCCUCUAUGGCAGCGGAGGGCAAGUUCCAAGGUCCAAAGGGUCAUGGGCUGGCCUUCGGAGGAGCAGGGCUGAGCACUAACUACCUCUCGGCUCAGUUCUUCGCCGGGGCCCCUGUGCUGCACUUUGCCAACAGCCUUGAUGAGGUGCAGCGGGCAGCGGUGGCCAAGGUGGAGUCUAAGUGCCGCCUUCACGUCAGCAGGACUGUAGCAACGGGACCUGUGUUGUUGUGCCUGCAGUGCCCAAAACUUUAG